ACAAAACUUUCUUUCUUCUGUGGUUCUCUCAACCCUUUCUUAUCUCUCUGUGUUCGUCAAACAACACCAAUGGCUGGUUCGACAUCUAAAUCAAAUCCUCCAAAGGCAAGAAAGAGGGUUGAAGUCGAGACGAGUACCCUGAAACGUGCAAAGGAUGGAAGCGCUUUCACAAGAUGUGAGGAAUGUAAGAAAGAUGUUCCAGUGGUGCUCAUUGAUAUGCACAACUGUAGCCUUGAGUCUAUACUCAAAAUGAAUUUAGAUGCACUUGUUACAGAAGUGAGGAAACCAGAAGAAAAGAAGAGGAAAACUACAUCAUCAGAACCAAAAUCAAAGAAAAGUAAAUCAGAGAAGAAAGUUAAGGAUCCUAAUGUGCCUAAGCGACCCCCAACUGCCUUUUUCCUGUUUAUGGAUGACUUCAGAAAAUCGUACAAGGAAGAGAAUCCAGAUGGAAAGGAUGUUAAAGUGGUAGCAAAAGAAGGUGGGCAGAAAUGGAAAUCUAUGACAGAUGAGGAGAAGAAGCCUUAUACGGAUAGAGCAAGAGAGCUCAAGGAAGAGUAUGAUAAGGCUAUGGAGACCUUCAAGGAGCAAGUGGAUCAGGGUUCAGAGAAAGAAGAGUAGAGGACACAGGGUAGUGUUUGGAAUGUUG